CCCGCCCUCCCCGGUGUCUGUGUUUCUCUCUCUGGUCGGAGGCGGCGGUAAUGGCGGAUGGUGGGUUGUGGCGCCGGCGGCGGCUGCUGUGAGGGACGAUGAGUUCCUCCUUCGUGCCGAACGGGGCCAGCCUGGAAGAUUGUCACUGUAACCUCUUCUGCCUGGCUGACUUGACUGGAAUUAAAUGGAAAAGAUAUGUAUGGCAAGGCCCAACUUCUGCCCCUAUUCUAUUUCCGGUGACAGAGGAAGACCCCAUUUUGAGCAGUUUUAGUCGCUGCCUUAAGGCAGAUGUACUUGGUGUUUGGAGACGAGAUCAAAGACCUGGAAGAAGAGAAUUGUGGAUAUUUUGGUGGGGUGAAGACCCUAAUUUUGCUGACCUUAUUCACCAUGACUUAUCAGAAGAGGAAGAUGGAGUGUGGGAGAAUGGACUUUCCUAUGAAUGCCGUACUCUGCUUUUCAAAGCAGUUCACAAUCUGUUGGAACGGUGUUUAAUGAAUCGGAACUUUGUACGUAUUGGCAAGUGGUUUGUAAAGCCUUAUGAAAAAGAUGAAAAACCUAUAAAUAAAAGUGAACACUUGUCCUGCUCAUUCACCUUUUUCUUGCAUGGAGACAGUAAUGUUUGUACCAGCGUGGAAAUUAACCAACAUCAACCUGUAUACCUUCUUAGCGAAGAACAUAUUACCCUUGCUCAACAGUCAAAUAGCCCAUUUCAAGUUAUCUUAAGCCCCUUUGGAUUAAAUGGCACUCUCACAGGACAGGCAUUCAAGAUGUCUGAUUCAGCUACAAAAAAAUUAAUAGGUGAAUGGAAACAGUUCUAUCCCAUCUCUUCUUGCUUGAAGGAGAUGUCUGAAGAAAAACAAGAAGAUAUGGAUUGGGAAGAUGAUUCUUUAGCUGCAGUAGAAGUUCUUGUUGCUGGUGUUCGAAUGAUCUACCCAGCAUGCUUUGUUUUAGUCCCUCAGUCAGACAUUCCUCCUCCUAGCUCUGUGGGAUCCUCUCACUGUUCAGCUUCUUGCUUGGGUGUCCACCAAGUGCCUGCUUCCACAAGAGAUCCUGCUAUGUCUUCAGUUACUCUUACACCACCUACAUCUCCUGAGGAAGUUCAGACAGUUGAUCCUCAGUCUGCUCAGAAGUGGGUCAAAUUUUCUUCAUCAUCUGAUGGCUUCAGCUCUGAUAGUACUAGCCACCAUGGUGGGAAAAUACCCAGAAAAUUAGCAAAUCAUGUGGUGGAUAGAGUUUGGCAAGAAUGCAAUAUGAACAGAACACAAAACAAGAGGAAGUAUUCAGCUUCAUCAAGUGGUUUGUGUGAAGAAGAGAUAGCUGAAAAAGUAGCCUCCUGGGAUUUUGUUGAAGCCACUCAAAGAACAACUUGCAGCUGCUUGAGGCACAAAACUCUGAAACCAAGAAAUCCUGGGCAACAGGGACAGGCACCAUUGUUAAAUCAACAACAGCAAGUACUUCCUAAGCACAAGACCAAUGAAAAACAAGAAAAGAGUGAAAAACCACAGAAACGUCCCUUGACUCCUUUUCACCAUCGAGUAUCUAUUAGUGAUGAUGUUGGCAUGGACACAGAUUCAACUAGCCAAAGACUUGUGAUCUCUGCGUCAGACAGUCAAGUGAGAUUUUCAAACAUCCGAACUAAUGAUAUAGCAAAGACUCCUCAGAUGCAUGGCACUGAAAUGUCGAAUUCACCUCAACCGCCCCCACUUAGUCCUCACCCCUGUGAUGUUGUUGAUGAAGGAGUGACUAAAACACCUUCAACUCCUCAGAGUCAACAUUUUUAUCAAAUGCCGACACCAGAUCCCUUGGUUCCUUCUAAACCAAUGGAAGACAGGAUUGACAGUUUAUCCCAGUCUUUCCCAACUCAAUUUCAGGAAACUGUAGAACCUACAAUAUAUGUUGGUACAGCAGUAAACUUGGAAGAAGAUGAAACUAAUAGAGCCUGGAAGUAUUACAAGGUCCCAAAGAAAAAAGAUGUUGAGUUUUUACCUCCUCAGCUUCCAAGUGAUAAAUUCAAGGAUGACCCAGUUGGACCUUUUGGACAGGAAAGUGUAACAUCAGUUACAGAGUUAAUGGUGCAAUUUAAGAAACCUUUAAAAGUUUCUGAUGAAUUAGUGCAGCAAUAUCAAAUUAAAAAUCAGUAUCUUUCAGCAAUAACAUCUGGUGCAGAACAAGAGCCUAAAAUUGAUCCUUAUGCAUUUGUUGAAGGAGAUGAAGAAUUUCUUUUUCCUGAUAAGAAAGAUAGACAAAAUAGUGAGAGAGAAACUGGGAAAAAACAUAAGGUAGAUGAUGGUCCAUCUAAUAUAACAGUGUUAUCCCAUGAAGAAGAUGCUAUGUCACUAUUUAGUCCCUCUAUAAAGCAAGAUGCUCCACGCCCUGCCGGUCAUGCUCGACCUCCAUCAACGAGUCUGAUACAUGCUUCAGAUUUGACUGUCUCUUAUACUGACCUAGAUAAUCUCUUCAAUUCUGAUGAAGAUGAAUUAACACCUGGAUCUAAAAAAUCUGCAAAUGGAUCUGACGAUAAAUCCACCUGCAAGGAAACAAAGGCAGGAAAUCUGGACCCAUUAUCUUGUAUAAGCACUGCAGAUCUUCAUAAAAUGUAUCCUACACCACCAUCGUUAGAACAACAUAUCAUGGGAUUUUCUCCAAUGAAUAUGAAUAAUAAAGAAUAUGGUAGUAUGGAUACAACACCUGGAGGAACUGUUCUAGAAGGAAAUAGUUCUAGUAUAGGAGCACAGUUCAAAAUUGAGGUUGAUGAAGGAUUCUGUAGCCCCAAACCUUUUGAAGUUAAAGAUUUUUCUUACGUCUAUAAACCUGAAAAUUGUCAAGUUUUAGUUGGAUGUUCCAUGUUUGCGCCUCUAAAAACUUUACCAAGCCAAUGUUUGCCUCCUAUCAAAUUGCCAGAAGAGUGUAUUUAUCGUCAGAGUUGGACUGUUGGAAAAUUGGACUUGCUUUCUUCAGGGCCUGCAAUGCCAUUCAAAGAGGGUGAUGGAAGUACUAUGGAUCAAGAAUAUGGCCCUGCUUAUACACCUCAAACUCAUACUUCUUUUGGGAUGCCUCCUAACAGCGCACCUCCUAGUAAUAGUGGAGCUGGAAUUCUUCCUUCUCCAUCUACUCCCAGGUUUCCAACUCCAAGAACUCCUCGGACUCCUCGGACUCCUCGUGGAGCUGGUGGACCUGCUAGUGCUCAAGGUUCAGUCAAAUAUGAAAAUUCAGACUUAUAUUCACCAGCUUCCACCCCAUCUACAUGCAGACCACUUAAUUCUGUUGAACCUGCAACUGUUCCUUCCAUACCUGAAGCACAUAGUCUUUAUGUAAACCUCAUUCUUUCAGAAUCAGUAAUGAAUUUAUUUAAAGACUGUAACUUUGAUAGUUGCUGUAUAUGUGUCUGCAACAUGAAUAUCAAGGGUGCCGAUGUUGGAGUUUACAUUCCAGAUCCCACGCAGGAAGCUCAAUAUAGGUGCACCUGCGGCUUCAGUGCUGUCAUGAACAGAAAAUUUGGAAAUAAUUCAGGAUUAUUUCUUGAAGAUGAACUAGAUAUUAUAGGACGCAACACAGAUUGUGGCAAAGAAGCAGAAAAGCGUUUUGAAGCUCUCAGGGCUACUUCUACUGAACAUGUUAAUGGAGGACUAAAGGAUUCUGAAAAAUUGCCUGAUGAGUUGAUAUUAUUGCUGCAAGAUCAGUGUACUAAUUUAUUUUCACCCUUUGGAGCAGCAGACCAAGAUCCUUUCCCAAAAAUUGGUUUAACUAGCAAUUGGGUACGGGUUGAAGAGAGAGACUGUUGUAAUGACUGUUACCUUGCUUUAGAACAUGGGCGUCAAUUUAUGGAUAACAUGUCAGGAGGAAAAGUUGAUGAAGCACUCGUGAAAAGUUCAUGCUUACAUCCCUGGUCUAAAAGAAAUGAUGUGAGUAUGCAGUGCUCACAGGAUAUACUUCGAAUGCUCCUAUCUCUUCAGCCAGUUCUUCAGGAUGCUAUUCAGAAAAAAAGAACAGUAAGGCCUUGGGGGGUUCAAGGUCCUCUCACUUGGCAACAGUUUCAUAAAAUGGCUGGCCGAGGAUCUUAUGGAACUGAUGAAUCCCCAGAACCACUGCCAAUCCCCACAUUUUUGUUGGGUUAUGAUUAUGAUUUUCUGGUGCUUUCUCCUUUUGCUCUCCCUUACUGGGAGAGAUUGAUGCUGGAACCCUAUGGAUCUCAAAGAGAUAUAGCCUAUGUUGUACUAUGUCCAGAAAAUGAAGCUUUGUUAAAUGGAGCCAAAAGCUUUUUUAGAGAUCUAACUGCAGUAUAUGAAUCCUGUCGAUUGGGUCAACAUAGACCUAUUUCUCGACUGUUAUCAGAUGGAAUCAUGAGAGUUGGAUCUACUGCAUCAAAGAAACUUUCAGAAAAGUUGGUAGCAGAAUGGUUUUCUCAGGCAGCUGAUGGUAACAAUGAAGCAUUUUCUAAACUCAAACUUUAUGCACAAGUCUGCAGAUAUGACCUAGGUCCUUAUCUUGCUUCUCAGCCAUUGGACAGCUCUCUACUUUCCCAGCCAAAUUUAGUUGCCCCUACAAGUCAGUCUUUGAUAACUCCGCCACAGGUGACAAAUACUGGAAAUGCUAAUACUCCGUCUGCCACCCUAGCAUCUGCAGCAAGCAGCACUAUGACAAUGACUUCAGGUGUUGCCAUGUCGUCUUCAGUUGCCACAGCCAAUUCAACUUUGACCACAGCUUCAACUUCAUCUUCAUCAUCUUCCAACUUGAAUAGUGGAAUAUCAUCAAAUAAACUACCUUCAUUUCCACCCUUUGGCAGUAUGAACAGUAGUGCUCCAGGAUCCAUGUCUACAUCGAGCACAGUUCAGAAUGGUCAGCUGGGAGGGCAGCAGUCAUCAGUUCUACAGACAUCUGGAAUUUCUGGAGAUUCAUCUUCACUUCCCACACAGGCACAUCCAGAUGUGUCUGAAAGCACCAUGGAUCGGGAUAAAGUGGGCAUCCCUACUGACGGUGAUUCACAUGCAAUCACCUAUCCACCUGCAAUUGUUGUUUAUAUAAUUGAUCCUUUUACAUAUGAAAGUAAAGAUGAGAGCACUAAUUCAUCUAAUGUAUGGACUUUGGGGUUACUUCGUUGCUUUUUGGAAAUGGUUCAGACUCUUCCUCCUCAUAUCAAGAGUACUGUUUCUGUACAGAUUGUUCCUUGUCAGUACCUAUUGCAACCUGUGAAGCAUGAAGAUAGACACAUCUAUACUCAGCAUUUAAAAUCCUUAGCUUUCUCAGUCUUCACUCAGUGUCGGAGACCACUCCCAACAUCAACCAAUGUGAAAACGUUGACUGGCUUUGGUCCAGGUUUAGCCUUGGAAACUGCUCUGAAAAGUCCUGAUAGACCAGAGUGUAUUCGACUUUAUACACCUCCAUUUAUUCUGGCUCCAGUGAAGGAUAAACAGACAGAGUUAGGAGAAACAUUUGGAGAAGCUGGACAGAAAUAUAAUGUUCUUUUUGUGGGCUACUGUUUAUCACAUGAUCAAAGAUGGAUUCUGGCAUCUUGCACAGACCUCUAUGGAGAACUUUUAGAAACUUGUAUCAUUAACAUCGAUGUUCCAAAUAGGGCUCGUCGGAAAAAAGGUUCUGCUAGGAGAUUUGGUCUACAGAAACUUUGGGAGUGGUGCUUAGGACUGGUACAGAUGAGUUCAGUACCAUGGAGAGUUGUAAUUGGCCGUUUAGGAAGGAUUGGUCAUGGAGAACUAAAAGAUUGGAGCUGUUUGCUGAGUCGUCGAAACUUGCAGUCUCUAAGUAAAAAGCUCAAAGACAUGUGUAGAAUGUGUGGUAUAUCUGCUGCAGAUUCUCCUAGCAUUCUCAGUGCUUGCUUGGUAGCAAUGGAACCCCAAGGCUCUUUUGUUAUUAUGCCAGAUUCUGUCUCAACUGGUUCUGUGUUUGGAAGAAGUACCACUUUAAACAUGCAGACAUCUCAGUUAAAUACUCCACAGGAUACAUCAUGUACUCAUAUACUUGUUUUUCCUACUUCUGCUUCAGUACAAGUAGCGUCAGCUACUUAUACCACUGAAAAUUUAGAUAUAGCUUUUAAUCCUGGCAAUGAUGGAGAAAAUGGAAUGGUUAUCUUUGAUUUACUAGACACAGGAGAUGAUCUUGACCCUGAUAUCAUUAGUAUUCUUCCUGCAUCUCCUACUGGGUCUCCUGUACAUUCUCCAGGAUCUCAUUACCCUCAUGGAGGCGAUGCUGGCAAGGGUCAGGGUACUGAUCGGCUACUUUCAACAGAAUCUCAUGAUGAAGUAACUAAUAUUCUUCAGCAACCAUUGGCCCUUGGUUACUUUGUAUCAACUGCCAAAGCGGGUCCUUUACCUGACUGGUUCUGGUCAGCAUGUCCUCAAGCACAAUAUCAGUGUCCUCUUUUUCUUAAGGCCUCUUUGCACCUCCACGUGCCUUCAGUGCAAUCUGACGAGCUGCUUCACAGUAAACACUCCCACCCACUUGACUCAAAUCAGACUUCAGAUGUCCUCAGGUUUGUUUUGGAACAGUACAAUGCACUCUCCUGGCUAACCUGUGACCCUGCAACCCAGGACAGACGCUCAUGUCUCCCAAUUCAUUUUGUGGUGCUGAAUCAGUUAUAUAACUUUAUCAUGAAUAUGCUGUGAUCUUCAUUUGAUGGAACUGUGCAAGAAAAAAAAAACAAGAAACAGGAUAUUUCGCUGCAAGAUUAAGUUAUAAUUAUCUUCUCAGUUAAAGUCAUUUAUGAUGGGGUCUCAUUCUUAUUACUUCAACAAAUAUUGUUUUGACUCGGGGGUGGGGCUAUAACCCUGCUAUUUUUCAUUGACUGUACUGAACUCUUUAUAGGUUGAUGACUGAUUAUACAAAACAUUAUAACAUUUUCGUAGCAAAAUUAACUUUUAUUUCCAGUCACAGUAUUUGUGAAAAGUAAUGAGCCAUAGUACCCAGUCAUGUUAAAUGAAUAUUAAAAGCAUGGAGAGGAAACAUGAGGAACAAUGAAUUUCAACAUAUGGCUUCAGAACAUCAAGAUGUUCUUGUAUUGGAUUAUAGUAACUAGUAUUCAAAAAUGCCUGCAUCUCUUAUUUAUUGUAAGUUUUUAAAUGUAUAAAUUGUCUUAUAUUUCUUAACCUCUUUUAUAAAAAUUUUCCUAGAAGGUUUAUACUGCCUUCUUGCUUUAAAGCAAUUGGUCUAAAAUAUAUGUAAUCGUCUUAAUUAAAAAGUUGCAGUAGGGUUGCUUUUAGAGUAUUAUUUUUUUGUAAGGGGGUGGGUGGGAGUAAAUUUGUAUUGUUUCAGUGUACAGUUUAAGGGGAUAGAGGGGAAUAAUGUCCAUACCAUUGUGUGUGGAGGAUUUACAGCUAAGCUGUAGUUGCAGAGUACAUGUACAGUAAUGAAGUUCACUGUGUUUAUAAAUUGAAAAGGUACCGGGUCUUACAGCAUUUUAUAUAUCACACCUUUACAGAAUAACAUGAUGGCAAUAUACAAGUGAUAUUGUUAGGUGGUUUAACAAUUAGAAUAAAAUGAGAAUUCUUGAGUUAUAUUUUGUACUAUGAUUUAGGGCUAUGACUAAUAUUUCAGGCCAUUUCCAGUGAAAGGAACUUAGUUUUACGAGAAAAACAUUUGCUACUGAAUGCUUAAACUAAUUUUGGUGUUAAUGUUACAUGCUUAAUUUCGUUUUUCAGUUUUAACAGUGGCACAUUUAGGCAUGGGAAUAUUAUUAAUUAUGAAAAUUAUCUUCAGGACCUGCUAUAAGGUUGAAAUUUAGCCCAGCUCUAGGCAUUUUACAAAUUAUUUUUAAGAGCAGUAACUCUUGAUUGUUUGAUUUUUUUUUUUAAUUAAAGAUUGGGAAUGUAUGAGAGUAUGCAUUGUAUGGGUGUGUGUGUGCAAUCAAACUGUGGUGUAAAUAGAUUCUCAGUGAAUUCUGGUAUUCAUAUUCUAUUCCACUAGUUAAUGAUCCAUUUUCUAAACUUAAUCUGUCUUUUUUAUUUAUUUAAUUUUCUCAGUUUGGAGAUGGCAGUCCCAAACACCAGAGUCUAUACUUUUCUGUAACACAGCUCAGAUUAAGGUAGGGCAUAUGCCAAGGAGGUUCUCACCUCCCUAAAGAAGGGACUUGAAUUUUAGGGACUUUAAUUCACCCCUUCCUUCAAUACAACUUUCCCCCUUCUCGUUUGCACAUGCCAAGAUAACUGCUUUUAUGCAAGCUUUACCCCCUUGAAAAAUCCUUCUACAGUGCUGCUCACAAGAGAGUCCAAGUUAGCCUCCUACCUUUACUGCUGACUUGAAUUCACAGUCGCCAAGUCUACCUGAAGCAGUCUAACAAAAUUCUGAAUUUGUAUGUUCAUGAAUUCUCUACAAAGACAAAUCAGUUGUAUUUGCAAAACUAAUUUUUUUAACUGAAACUUGUUUUGUAAAUACUGUAUGCUUAGCUUAAAUAUAAUUUUUUGAUGAACAAUAUAACUUACUCAAAUUGUGUAAAUUAAAACAUUAGCAAGGCUUGUUUUUUCUAUAAAGAAAACACAAUUGAUGGCAAAGAUUUUUCAAUCACUUCCUCAAAAUUAUAAUGCAAUCCCAAUGGUAAGCAUAUUUUGAAAUUAAAAUUUAAAGAUCACAUUUCUGUGUUCAUUUUUAAAUUAUGCUAACAUUACAAGAUUGUGUUGGCAUUUUUUGUUGUAUACUUUUAAAAACUUGUCUGAGAUUUGAGGGAAAAGCUGCUUAAUUGGAAUUUAUAUAAAGUAUUGUUUUUAUAUACUUAGUUCAAUAGUGACUUUUAAAAUAAAAGCUAUAUCCCUAGUUGUUUAAAAUCACUUGCCUGUAGUACCACACCUCAGUUUGAAAAUUGAUUCUUAAAAUAAUUAUCCCCUGGAAAUUUCUUUUUUAUGGAGCCAUAAGGAAGGAACAUGUUAUACAAUUCCUUUUUAUCUGGAAAUCAGGGAUUAGCUCCCAAAUACACAGGAUUUAUUGAUAGUAUUGUUUUCUCUUUUCUUCAUAUAUAAAUUCCUGUUCUAAUAUAAAAUUAUUACAUAGCCAUUAGAAAAGGUCAGGAGACUUAAUCUGAAAAUUAAAAGAAGCCUUUAUGCAGAACGAUGGAUCUGACUUACUAAUGUACUGUCACAGACAAGUAUGGAUAGUUUUGUUUAAAUAGGAAAGCAAAAUAAUAUAACUUAUACCAGUUGAUCAUCAACACUUUGAAUUCUUUGUUACAGUGCUAAUGUGUAUUUUUUGUGCAGUUAUCCAUUACAAAGCAGGGUGGAAGUUCAGUAUUUGGGCAGUUAAAAGAGUUUUUUAUAUAAUGUCUGCUUCCAGCCAGUGAGAAACAUCUAGCCAUACCUUUCUUAUGCAAGCCAUUCAGUUAUCAGGACUGUGAAUUAACACUGUAUGAAUAAAUUUCUGUACACCUUAUUGUUUGGCCAGAAGGCCACCAAGUGUACUUAUAUGUAAUCCUUAAAUUUUAAAAUAGCUGUAAUUUUUAAAUCUUUCUAAACUUUUCUUAAACCACUAAAAUUAAGCUCUUACUACUUAGUCAAUUAUCCUCAACUGUAUUCGUACUCAAUUGUCAGUAUGGCACAGAUUACUGUAUUAAAAUAUUCUCCUUUUGUCUUCAUAUUUACCUUCUGGGGUAAUUUUUAACUUAAUGUGUUACUACAAAGAUUUGCAGAUCUUUAAUCAAGCACUAUGUUAAUACUGUAAUAUCAAAAUACUAUGUUGCAUUAUUUAAAAUGUUCAAAUUGAAUACAUUAAAAGGAAGUUUUUAAAUGCUGUUGCAUCAUAUAAUUUGCUAUUCAUCCACUAUGGCAUUGCAUAUAAGUCUGUUAAUACAUUAAGUGUUGCAUGAACGAUGUUUUGGUCUGGGUUUCCUCUUAGAAUUUUAGUUUGUCUAUCUAAAUUAAGGACAAAUGUUUUUGACAUAAAUUUUUGUCUUCCACCCCUCCUUAAUCAGCUGGAAAUCUUCACCUUUUGGUUUUUCUUGGCAUUUUAAGGGCCCAGAACUGUGGUUUAAAUUUUUAUGUAUACGUAUGUUUUCUUUUUUUGUGGAGUAUUGAUUUUUAAAAACUGGAUUUGGGACCUAAAAUACUCCUCAGGUUGAUGUAUUCAUGCAUUAGUUUUCAAAGUAAAACUGGAUUUGUGGACCUUAAAGUUACUGAGUUUAAACUACAAAUUGUAACGUCAUUACUGGACAUGUAAGCAUCAACCCUCUCAGAAUAGCUUGGUCACUUUAUGAAGGGGCGUUUUAGAGUUGUUGUUUAGCAGUGACAUUAAAUAUGGUCCAAUUGCUUUUUUUUUUUAACAUGACAAAAAGAAUAAGGAACAAACACUAUUGCUGCCGAAUGCCAUAACACUGAGUUGUACAAAUUGUGAUUGAGGAAAUGAAAAGGUUUAUACUUUUAAAAAAAAAAAAACUUCAAAUGGAAUAAAUUAUUCAUGAAGCCUUCA